AUGGGAGCGACCAUGAACUCUGAACCAGUGGAUUACUACUUCCUUUCCGGGGAGGCGUCUCCACCGGUCAGUUACUCUGGCAGCCUUUUUAUCAAGACCGAACAAUGUCAGGAUCAGGAAUCCCUCUUCAAUUUGAUGUCGGGGAUCCUCGGGCUUUCCCCUUUCUCUGCUCCAGAAGGUCAACCGCGGCAACCCGAGGCCAGCUAUACCAUCCCGGAAGCCCUGCACAGCCAUCUGGACCUCUACUCUACCUGCCAACCGGAACUCAACAUCUCCGUCCAGCCUUCUUUACCCGAGCAAACCUAUUCUUCCUUCUCGAGUCCGGAGAGCCUCCCGCAAUUCCAAGCUUCUGCGGAAGGCCGGACUUCUUCCCACUGUCUCUUUCACGAGAAGCUCCUGGAUUCCAAGCAGGACCUUAAGCUGUCCUCCGUCUCUCCCACCGCGGAGAAGUUCAAAUCUUCCUGCUCCCAUUGGGACCCCCUCAACCAGCCUCAGCAUUACCUGCCGCCCGAGUGUCCCCCUUCGGAGACCUUCCACCCCGUGGAGGCAAGUCCAAGCCUGUUUCCCCACAUGGUCUCCAAGACGGAGAACGCGUUGACAGUCAGCUGCCAGUCGGAACUCAGCGGUCUCUCGGAACCAUCUGGCUCUUACGGGCCUCCCUUGGAUUUUGGUUGCCAUGCUGAGGCCUUCCUAAGCCAGGGUCCACUCCCCACUGACUUUGUAGAUACCAAGGCCCCUAAACUUUCCCCUCCGUUCAACCAAGAGUUCGAAGCGCCCGUCCCUCACCCGGAAGUCCACUCCUUGAUGAACCCCAAUGCUAUCAAGCUGCCAGGCCACCCUGCCUCGUCCUCGGCCCUGAUGACAGACUUUCUAGCUCAUCUCCCGAGUUCUUCAGCCAACAGUUUGGGACUUAACAGGACCUCCAGUAGCCUAGCAGGGCCCAAGAAGAAGACCAGACGUGGGAAAUGUUCUUCUAAAUGUUUUUGUCCCAAACCUCACGAGAAGGCCUUUGCUUGCCCGGUGGAAAACUGCGUCAGGAGCUUUGCCAGAUCGGAUGAGCUCAACCGGCAUCUGCGCAUACACACGGGCCACAAGCCCUUCCAAUGCCGCAUCUGCCUGAGGAACUUUAGCCGCAGUGACCACCUGACAACCCACAUCCGGACCCACACGGGGGAGAAGCCCUUCUCCUGCGAUGACUGCGGACGCCGCUUCGCCCGGAGUGACGAAAAGAAAAGGCACAGUAAAGUCCACUUGAAGCAGAAAGCGCGGGCAGAAGAGAAACUCAAAGGACUCGGGUUCUACACCAUGGGGCUUUCCUUUGGGACCCUCUAA